AUGGCUUGGCGUUUCAAAGCCUCUAAAUAUAAGAAUGCUGCCCCAAUUGUCCCAAAGCCAGAGGCUUGCAUACGUGACAUAUGCGUGGGCUCCUAUCAGACCCAUGGUAAUAAUAUUGCUGCUUCGUCUGCCUUUAUGGCUUUUAACUGGGAACAUACUGGAUCAAGUGUAGCGGUCUUGACGCUUGACGAUUGCGGUCGUAAAAGUAAAACCAUGCCUUUGUUGCAUGCUCACACAGAUACCGUAACUGAUUUGGGCUUUUCACCAUUCCAUGACGGUCUUUUGGCAACGGCUUCACAGGACUGUACAGUUAAAAUUUGGCAUAUACCGGAAAAGGGCUUGGAAACUUCAUUAACUGAUCCCGAAUGCGUGUUCUCGCACAAGCAGCGGCGUGUGGAGACAGUAGGAUUUCAUCCGACAGCUGACGGUUUACUGCAUUCAACUUCAGCAGGUUGUAUAACACUCUACGACUUAGUGGGUCAAAAAGAAUUGUUCGUUAACAAUGAACAUCCCGAGGUUAUUCAAUCGGUUAAUUGGAAACAAGAUGGUACAGUAUUAGCUACCAGUUGUAAAGAUAAAUUUGUGCGCAUAUUAGAUCCUCGUAUAAACGGCUCGCCAAUACAAAUGUCAGCCGAAUCUCACCAAAGUAUUAAGGAUUCACGUGUAUUAUGGUUAGGCAAUCAGUCGCGCAUUUUAACUACUGGUUUUGAUGCUGCCCGCUUGCGCCAAGUUAUCAUACGGGAUUUAAGAAAUUUUACUGUUCCUGAAAAGACUUUAGAGCUGGAUUGUUCAACAGGCGUUUUAAUGCCGCUUUUUGAUCCUGAUACGAAUAUGUUGUUCUUGGCGGGCAAAGGCGACACAACCAUUAAUUACUUGGAAGUGAGUGAGAAAGACCCUUUUCUAAUUGAAGGUUUACGUCAUACGGGUGAACAAACCAAAGGUGCCUGUUUGGUACCUAAACGUGCUCUUAAAGUAAUGGAGGGUGAAGUAAAUCGUGUUUUACAAUUAACUUCCAAUAUGGUGGUACCUAUUAUGUAUCAAGUGCCGCGUAAGACGUAUCGUGAUUUUCACAGUGAUCUUUAUCCAGAUACGACUAGUUGUCGUACCGACCUCACAGCUAAUGAAUGGAUGAACGGAACGAAUAUGCCAGUGGCAAAAAUGAGUUUGGAUCCAGCGAAACGGGAAUUGGGAGGUGCUCCAGUCAUUGUUCACCGUGGCAACUUAAAAGAAUAUAUAAGAAAUAUUGAAAACAAAUUGAAACAUGUUAAUGGUUGUGCUCCCGAUAAUCAAAUUAUAAGUAAGAAAAAGAUAAACAAAGACGAAGAUAUGGUAAUCGAUCAACAAAAGAAAGACGAAUUAGCAACAAUAAUGAGGAAAUUCGAUUCUAAAUAUAAAACCGAUUCAGAGAAAGAUAAUAAAGGCGAGGAAGGAAUGAUAAACACAGAUGCGUCUUCGCCUCUGCAAAACAUAGAAUCGCCAAAUACUGAUGAAAGCAGUAGCAACAACGCCAGCACGGCACCCACCCCUAUGCCACGCACAUCACGUAACAAUUCUUUGCCCGAUUCCGGGCAAUUGACGAAUGCAGGUGGUGGUAAUAGUAUUAUGCCUCGACCAAGGCCACGCACCACAACUCCCGGCGCUUAUAAGCCUCGUUUGGGACCAAAACCUUUCUCUAGCAACUCCGCAGACAUAUCGUUCGAUAAGGUGUUCGCAGUGCCAGUUGCUCCUGGUUCCCAGGAGAAUUUGUCGCAACCUCAAAAUUCUUCCGCUAAUAUCGAAAUUGAUUCCUCAACAGUAAAACCCGACUUGAUCGUAGAAAUCGAAAUUAAAAAAACUGGCCAUAGUAACUCGGACAAUGAGACCAGCAGCAAUGGUGUGCAAAAAUCUUUAAGCACUUCGGAGCGGCGCAAGUCUUCUCUUGAUGACGAAGAUUCGAGCGAUAAGAUAUUUGAACAAAAUAAUUCGGAAUCGUCCGAGAACUCGACUGAAGGUGACGACAAACCAGAUGCCGAAUUACGCAGGUUCUCACCAUCACGUAACAGUAUUGCUGAAAGGCGACGUAUGUAUGAGAUGCAUUCGAAAAGUGCCAAUGAGGAGCGUUCUCAGUCUCCGGUGCCAUUGCGGCGUGAACCUUCCAAAGUGGACACUUCGAAAGCUAGUGCCAAUGAUAAUAAACGCACCUCUGUGCCAGAAGGUAAACUUCUAGAGGAGAAACGUCGCAAUUUGGUUCCCAAGGAGAUGGCCGAGCAAUCAAAUGCUAUUGCUCUUAAGAAAUCCGCUACUGAAGUGGCCAUAACUACAUCAACUAAACGUACUUCCACCGUAUUCGGGAAAGUCUCGAAAUUUCGUCAUCUUAAAGGUACUCCUGGUCAUAAAUCGACCCAUAUUGAGAAUUUGCGGAACUUGAGCCGCCAAAUACCGGGCGAAUGCAAUGGCUUCACAGCGAAUCACGAACGAUUUGCGGUACCACUAUCAGGUCCUGGUGGUAAAAUAGCCAUUUUUGAAUUGAAUCGCCCCGGUCGACUACCGGAUGGUGUUAUACCGUCGUUAGUGAACGGAAAUAAUGUCAUGGAUUUUCAGUGGGAUCCCUUUGAUCCCAAACGUUUGGCCGUUGCUUGUGAUGAUGGAAUAGUAAAGCUAUGGCGCAUUGCUGAGGGUGGUUUGACAGAGCCGACGAAUAUACCCGAACAAGAAUUGAUUGCUCAUGCAGAUAAAAUUUAUUUCAUACGUUUUCAUCCUCUAGCUCAAGAUGUAUUACUUACGGCCAGUUAUGAUAUGACUAUUAAAUUGUGGAAUUUGCGUAGUAUGACAGAUAAAUGCACCCUUAGUGGUCAUACGGAUCAGAUAUUUGAUUUCGCUUGGAGUCCUUGCGGAAAAUUUGGUGCUACUGUAUGUAAAGAUGGUAAAAUACGUAUGUAUAAUCCAAGAAAAUCGGAAACACCGAUACGAGAAGGUAAUGGUCCCGUAGGCACUAGAGGAGCACGCAUUAUAUGGGCGCUAGAAGGAGAAUAUAUAGUAUGUACUGGUUUUGAUAAAGUAUCCGAACGUCAGAUUAGUGUAUACAAAACUGAUAGUCUAAAAGCGCCACUUAACACUGCCAGUCUAGAUGUCUCCCCUUCCAUAUUAAUUCCCUUCUAUGAUGAAGAUAGUUCAACUUUAUUUGUAACAGGCAAAGGUGAUUCAACAAUUUAUUGCUUUGAAAUUACUGACGAGGAUCCAUACGUGUGUGCUCUGUCACAUCAUCGCUGUUCCACUUUGCAUCAGGGCUUGAGUUUUCUAACGAAAAAUCAUUGCGAUGUCGCCAGCGUCGAGUUUUGCAAAGCUUACCGUUUAACCAAUACCACCAUAGAGCCACUAAGUUUUACAGUACCACGUAUUAAGAGCGAAUUAUUUCAAGACGACUUAUUUCCACCGACACGGGUAACUUGGCUGCCCACUAUUACAGCGGACGAAUGGUUCUUAUCAAAUGAUAAAAAGCCUCAAAAAAUCAGUUUACAGCCAAUAGGCAUGGAGAGUUUAUCUUCCAUACAACCGACGUUGGUAACCCAAAUGAAACGUUCCGAUAUUAAUAUGGCAAGCAAUGGUGCAAAUGCUGGUGGGGACCAGCCUUUUAAUAAACAAAAAGAGAUACAAAAGUCUGUAAGUGCUCGCAUGGAAUAUAACACAAAACUCGAGCAGGAUGAUAUGGAAGGUGUAGACGAAACUGAGUGGCAAGACUAGAAUGCUAUAAAAUUUGCGACAAGAGGGAAAGUUGACAAUCAGAGCGAAAGUAGUAGAAAAGAACAAUAUUUUUUAUUAUGUCUGACCUUCGCAAAUUCCUUAAGCCCUUAGUAGCGAAUCGUUUAUAAAGAGAUUUGUUGCCAUGAUAUUAAUGUGAGCAUUGAUUAUCGAUCAAAACGAUGAAAGAGAAGUUUUUCUUUAUAUUUAAAGGAAUUUAUUUUUAAUUUCUUUUUUUUUAAUUUUUCUUAUUUUAGAUUUCCCGUCUGCCUAGCAAAAUUAAUCUUUUGAUCAAUUAAUAAUAAUUCCUUCAUACAUUCUUCACCCGUUUUUUAGUAGAUGGCCAUUUAACAACACAGUAUUUCAAUACGCGAUAGACUGAUAAUGCAAUAAUAUACACAUACAUUCACAUAUUUAUGCAUACACAUGGAAUUUUUGUAACUAUCGCUCUUAAUGUGUGCGAAGAACAUUUUGUCAAAAUUUUUAUACAAUAUUUAUUAUAUAAUCAAAAUGCAAAACAAAUGAAAAACAAUAGAAGCAAAUGAGAUCAGUAAACGAAAAGACUUGUUUAAUAAAAGAAAUAAAUAUUAAAAAAAAAAAAAAUAAAAAAAAAAAAUAAGUAAAAAUAAAAGGAAACCCUUUUGCCAUAUUAAGAGAACCAUUUUUUACAUUUACACAAUAAUAACCUAUACAAAUACUUAUAUACAGUAGCAGUGGUUUUUUAUAGAGAGCACAUGCCUCAAAAGAUCCAACAAUAAGGAUCUAUUCUAUACUCAAUUCAGUAAAUAAGUAAUAAAUAAAAAAAAUAAAAAAUUAUGAUUAUAUAUAUAUAUAUAUAU